UUUGCGCGCUUUUUUGAGAGUUUGGUUUUGUUUGUCAUGGAUUUUCAUCUGAAGAAACGCCAACGUUCAGAUAUUAAGCUCGAGGUGGUGAGCUUGGAAACCAAAUACCCGCACAAUGUCAUGCUAUAUAAAUAUCCGCCAACGGACGACAUUCACAUCGAGGAAUUCGAAGAGCUCGCCUUGGAGCGCUUGCGUCUGUUACGUGUCUUCGAUCGUGCUGCAACAAAGGCUUUACGCAUGCUCUCCGAUGACUGGAAGGCAUAUGUUAAUGCAGAGUUAACCCGCGAGGGUCUACGCAAUUAUCUCCGCCUGUGCACAGGAGGUGAUAGCAAACACGAGUCGGAUAUUCAGACACGCCGGCGCGACUAUAUAUCGCACUUUAUUUUGCGUCUUGCUUACUGCAGGUCGGAGGAUUUAAGUCGGUGGUUCAUUGCGCGUGAAAUGGAUUAUUUCAAGUACAAAUUUUCUGCGCUAAGUGGACCGGAGAUUAAGCAAUUUCUGGAUGUGGUCAAUUUCUCCUUUCAGCCGCUGACGGAAGCGCAAAAAGAUCAAGUGAAAGAUGGCCUUUAUGAGAGUACUGCUGGUCAGAGUGUGGCCAAGAUUGAGCUACUGGAUUUCUAUAAGGUGCCGUUUACCCAAGUUCUGGACUUGGUGCGCAGUCGUCGUUGCUAUUUAAAAGCAGGAUUUGCCUAUGUUAAUACUCAUGAUUUAGUGUCGCUUGUGGGCACCAAGCAUAUGGAUGAAAUCGAGCAAGGAUUGGCUGCAGCCAAGGUUUUCAUAGACGACAUCGAGAGUGACGAGCGUAUUUCUCGUAUGCUGAAGGCUUUGCACAAUUCUUAUGUGGGAAAGGACUAUACGGUAUGCAAGGAUGCGGCAGUUCCAAUUGAAUCUCUGGACCAGCUCUCAAAGACAUCUUACCCACUGUGUAUGCGUAUGUGCCACGAGCAUUUACGAGCCAAUCAUCACAUAAAACAUGGCGGUCGUAUGCAAUAUGGUCUCUUUCUCAAAGGCAUCGGCGUGACUCUCGAAGAUUCCUUACGUUUUUGGCGUGAGGAGUUUACAAAGAAAAUGGAUGCAGAUAAAUUUGCGCGCAGUUAUGAGUACAACAUUAACCAUAACUAUGGCAAGAAGGGCUCGAUGGUGAACUAUACACCAUAUUCCUGUCUUAAAAUUAUCAAGGAAAUGGCAGCGCCUGGCGAUUGUCACGGCUGUCCCUACAAAGCGAUGGAUCCGGUCUCCCUGAAAACGAAAAUGUCAUCUUAUGGACUGUCGCCUAGCGCCAUUGAUGAGGUCAUGCGCUAUGCGACGAGUGGGCAUUACCAAUUGGCCUGUAGCAAAUAUUUCAUGAUCACACAUAAUUCCACAACCGAGCCGACUAUUAAUCAUCCCAAUGGAUACUUUGAAGAGAGUCAAAUUGUGAUGGGCAAUCGACAGAAACGCGUGACGGGAUCUCAGCCUCAGCAACACCAGCCAAAUAAGCUCAGAAGUGCCAUUAAGGGUGGCGCAGAUCGAUCCAUGAUGAUGGGCAAUGAUGAUGAUGAAUUGUGGAGAAUUGCCGAGACGCAGGAGAGGACACUACAGAGUCAGCAGGAACUGUCUCAGGCAUUUGAUGAUGACCUGGACUUAACGGAAAUUCAAUAUUAGGCAGUAGACUUUAAUGUAAUUUUAAUCAUUGAUAAUAUACAUAUAUAUACAAAGA